GGCCAUCGAGUGUGACGCAGCGAUGAUGAUGGGAGCGUUCUGAGUGGCCGCCAGUUUUUUGCCUCAGUGUCGUUCUGUGCGUGCUGGCGAGCGAGCGCAAUGUGAGAUUGGGUCAGCGGCUGUCCGUUUUUGCCUGGUUACCUUCUUACCGCCGGACACCCCCCCGAACCCAAACAGUCAGCUGUUUGCACCUGUAGAGCUGCGGCCACACCUGAGCAAGCCAAGAUGUCGGGCACCCAGGACCUCGAUCGCAAGUAUCUGCGCAGCAUGCCGGGCCUCUGCAAGCUGGCCUGCCUGCUCUGCAGCUUCAUUGGAUUCCUGUGCAUUGUAUGCGGGCCGGUGCGCGUGAGCAACUUCCGCGGCAGCUUCUACUUGGCGGUGGUGUCUCUGGGAUUCGUGGCCACCGCCGGCCUGCUGCUGGCCCGGCUCCUGCGUCUCUGGCAGCGCCAGUUUUGCCGCUGCGAUCCGACGCUCUGGUCGCUGGCAGUGCAUGCCUCACUGGCAUUGGCCUACUUCACGGCCUCCGGCCUCGUCCUGUCCCUGGACAUUGGAGCCUACACGGCCGCGGCGUUCUUUGGGCUGACUGCCUUCAGCAUCAAUGGCCUGGAGGCCUAUGGUAACUACAGACGCAGCCGCCAGCGGGAUGUGGCCACCCAGACGAUAUAGAUGCCGAUUUUGGCUGCCAGAUUUAACCACAGAUCGCAGCUUUAAAGCAAAACUAAGUGACUACAAGCAGCUCUCUCAGUAUACCAGAGAGAGCGAGAGUAGCUGAGAGAAUGCUGGUAUCUGAGAGAACGCUGGUAUCUGCCAGAACGAGUAUCUAAGUAUCUGGGAGUUCAAUUAACUGAGAGAGAGAGAGAGAGAGUGCUGUUCGUUGGCGUAAAUAUCAAAGUCUGAAAAUGGGAAAAUGCAUAAAUGUGGAAAAGCCUUUCGUUGCUGGACAGUUAUGGGAUGUAUUAUCUAAUAGUCGCUAGAUAUAGGUCAAGAAGUGAAGGAGCUACACAGCUGGCAGAGAGCACUGAGAGCAGAGAGAGCAGAGAGAGAGAGAGUAAAUGCCAAAGAGAUAAUUCCCAUUGUAUUCGGCCUCCAUCUCCUCUCCCCCCCGAUAACUGGUUAACAAAGCGUGAACACAAACAUAUAUAUAGUAUAGAUAUACAUCUUUUUUUUUUACUUUGGUUAAGUAACUUUGUAGCUUUAGCUAUUUGUCACAAGAAAACUGCGUAUUUUCGGCAAGAUUUAAUUUAUCUAAUAAUUUAGUUUGUACAUUGUUAAGUUUAUAAAUAAAAACACACAAGGUAGUUUUUUUUAUAUAUUUCAAAUAAAUCGAAAAGAUAUACAAAUGUA